AUGGCGGCACCAGAUCCGACAAAUUCUGCCACGGCGCAGGAUUAUCUCGACACGGAAGCUACACUCCGCCGAAUUCAAGCGGCAGCCUCGAAUAAUGAGGGUCAAGCGACAGUUCAGUAUCUGCUGUUGGAGGUCGAACAAGCUCUCAAGGAGAUUGAGAGACAGAAAGGGGAGCUGGCACUUAUUAAUCGUGCGGCGACUCGAGUUCCAGCCGAUCUAGACACGCACUUGAUGACCGCUGAGGCCGAUUGGGCGGAAGCGUACCAAUGGUUAGAGUCUAGCGUUGACGACCUCGAUAGUGCAAUAGAGGACACGAAACAAGUCAUGGGCAAUGCUGGGCUAGAUUCUGCUAGACUUAGUGAUGUCUUCCUCGCAUUCGAGCCGAGGCUUACCAGGUUGGGACUCGCACAAGCCAGCUACGAACUCGCUGUGGAGACUGGGUACGACAUGCUACGCAAAACCACCAUAGCGGCACAGGCAAAGGUCGAGAUGUUGACAAAGGUGGCAGACGAAGCAGAGCGUAAGCUACGAGAUGCUACCGCUAAUCGUGAUGCCGGAGGUGCCCAAGUCCCGGCUGCCAGCACCACAGAGAUCACGAAAUUGAAAGGUGAACUCCGACGACUGAGAUCUGGACGAGUGGAAGGACCUCGGAGCGAAAUGCUGGAAGCCCUAGCGAAACGUCGGGAGGUGAACAGAGCUGCUAUCGCAGACCUUUCCCGAGGCGUGAAAAUCACAGAAGAUCAAAUCAAAAGCAGCGUGGAUGCCAUCACCCAAGAUGCAGAGUGUGCUGGCGAAGAUGUCAUUUUAACGGAAGGCUGGUAUGGAACGCACGGAUGGACACUCCGGAACGAAUAUCAUGUUGGUGAACACGACGCAGCGUUGGAGACCAUCGCGAACGUGGUUGUCAGUGGAGGUGUUGUGUCACUAGCUCGAAACAUCGAAUUUGAGAGAACACAACUCGCAGUGGACAACGAGUUCAGAUAUCUCGAGGGACAGCUCGUUGAGCUCCAGGACUCUUGGGAGGUGUACUCAGCUGCGAAUCCUAAUUGUGCAGCCAAGGCACCGCUAUUGGACCAGCAACUUCAAUCCCUCGCCAACGCCAUCCACCUGUUGAUCGAUACUACAAGAGUGUGGAGAGAUGACUGUGAUCAGACAUUCAACAUCUACGCGAGCACCAGCAACAAGGUACUCUUGGCACGGAAGGAAGCCAGCGAUAAACGAGCGCAAGACGCAGAAGCAAAUUUGCAGCAACAGAAAAGCGCUUCCAAGGCCGAGAAGCAUGACCUACACGUCCAAAUCGCCGGCCUGAGGACAAGGAUAGCGGACCACGAGGCGGAUCUUGCAGAGGCUAGGAAAGCCGCGGCCGCUGAGGCAGCUGCCCGCUGUAACGAGGAGAAAAAGGCGCUCGAAUCCCGAAUCAGGGAAAUCGAAGCAGAGCACGGUGACUCCAUAGACCCAGAUUUGCAUCGACGUCUCGAAAAUGAGCUUGACCACCUGAGGAGUCAACUUUUGGACAACAACAACAUCAACGCCGCCACGACCAGCUCCAAUGGGAAAAGCGCUGCAAAUGGCAUCAGCCCAGGAGUUCUCGCGGAUAUUGUCGAAAAACUCGCCAACGCCUCAAGCAUUUUCCCUCUGGCCCAGAAUCUCAGUGACGUGAUCGCUGUCUUCGAGGAUUACCUCAAAUCGAACGGCGCCAGUGGCAUCAUGCUGCGAGGCGCAUCGUCCCUUAAUCCUCUGUGCGACAUCGACUUGGCCGAGUUCAUGAGGCUGUACGAUACAAACAUCGCAAAUGCCAACAUCUUGCAGGAUAGGAUUGACCAACUCGAGAAUCUCGGUUCGUUGGCUCCGACUACGAGUCAAAGACGCAGUGACAGCCUUAGUCUGGGGAGCCAACUUCAACAAGAUUCGGAUCUGUUGUCUCCGACCACGAGUUCAAGACGUAGCAGUGACAGCCUUAGUCUGAGGACCCAACUUCAACAACAGUCGGCAACAAAUCAAAUGAUACAAAGUGCGUUGGAUCAAGCCAAUCAAAUGGUCGUGGAUGUCCAGGCUCAGAAUGCAUUCCUCAAUAUUACCAACACGAGAUUGACGCAUGAGCUCGCAGAAUGCAGAAGCGCCCAGCCAACUGGACCACGCGAAUUCGAUACCGAGCAACUGCUAGAAGCAAGGCAAGCCUUGCAGGCCCAGCUGGACAGCGCGAAAACGAGCAGAAGAGGCCUGGGGGAGGACCUCAGACACUGUCGAGAGGCUCAACCCGUCCCAGGGAACGAUCUCCAAGAGCUGGAGAGCGAGGAAUAUUGCUUGCAAGCCGAAGUGAAAAGGCUAAAAAACCUCGACUAUAUUCUCGAGCUCGAUCCAGCUGAUCAGGCAUCUGAUCUCCAGCUCCAAUCACUCAAUAGGGAAGUCGUGAAGUUGACUCGACAACUUCAGGCUUGCAAGGACUCUCAGGACGACCCGGCGUACAACCCCGAAGACAUGGAACGAGAGAGAGCUCGCCUACAAGGUGAGCUGGACAUUGCAUUGGCUCAAGUCCAUGAUAUUGCCCAUCGGGGGAGUAUCAAUGUUGGACUAGCCGCUCAGUUACUCGAAUUGACAGAAGCACAUCGGGAGAUCCUGAAAGAGAAUAGUCAGCUCCAGGCUGACAUCCAUGAGUUGGCGAGACGAGUUUCCGACUUGCAUGAAGCGGAACCUGAUGAUGAUGAUCAACUAUCUGACGCCGCUAAAAUAGCGGAUCUUAAGAGAUUCAUUAGAAAUUCGAACAGGAGCCCGGAAAUGUGCAAGAAGAAGGCAGCUCUCGAUCCCGACACGGAACUCGUAAGACUCAAGACAAAGAGCCUGGGCCAAGACAUUACACUGGGUAUACUGGAGAGACGAUAUGCCGAUCUGUUGGAUCGGUACAAUCAACGUGGUGACCAGUCAGUGGAUGAUCUUCAAGCUCAGAUUGUACGGCUCCAAGCUCAGGUCGACGCAGCCGGCAACGUGUACCAGGUCGACGACCUCCAAGCCCAGCUUACUCAAGCUUUUGCCCUAUACAAUGAUGCAGAUGCCCAGAGGCAGGCGGCCAUUGCAGCAGAACAAGCUGCAAAUAUUAACAUCGGAAAGCUUAAUUACGAGGUUCUACGGCUGACCGGUGAGCGAGACAGACUCCAAGCACAGAUGCCCAGACUGCAAGCCAUUGACGAUACGGGAUCGUUGCUUGAGGAAUAUGAAAGGCGAACACAAGAUGCAGAAGAUGACGAAAUCGAGAGACGUGAUCGGCAGAUCGCACAACUUACACGCGACUGGAACGAGUACACAGGUGGUGAAGGAGCCGGUCGUGGUGAGCUGGAACAACGAUUGAUUAGAGCGGUACGCGAAAGGAACGAGGCCACAGCCGAAAGAAACGCCAUGAUGGCCGCGCGAAACGCAGCGCUACGCAGUGCAGACAGUGCGACCCUAAGAGGCGACCGACUUGAAGCUGAAAUUGCCCGACUCGGCCAAGAAUUGACUUCAGCACAAGCUGUCGCUCCCGAUCCAGCUGUUGACGUCGCCUGCCUCAGAAAACAGCUUGAAGAUACCAAAUCUGCUUUUGAGUCUUCCGAAAGCCAGCUCUCCAGCGUUGUCUUGCUAUUGGCAAACGCAAAUAGGGACAGAGACCGGGCCAGAAGCGAGCGCGAUGUAGCAAACGCAGCAAUUGCCGCUGACGACGAUACACAACCAGAUUUUGCAGCCCUAAACGAAAGAGUUCGGCAACUGCACUUGAACCUGGACGUACUUCUGCAAACCACCUUACAUAGUGAAGCUGUCGCGAGACAAUACCAAGCUGAUCUCCGUGAGCAUCAUCGCCAGGAAGUUGCUGAUAUCCAGCACCAACUCACCAAAACCCAAGCAAUGCUGGAUGCGGCCAGAAUCAGCCACGAAGCAGCUCGGGUCUCUGAUGCCACAGAGAUCACCAAGCUAAGGAACAGCAUGAGAGACGCCCAGACUAGGAUCGCCGAGUUGCAAAUCAGGCCAAACGCUGCUGCAGAGCCUGGUGACGCUCCCGAGUCCGAUAGAAUCGCUUCGCUUAAACUAGAACUGACAGGCGAACGAGACAUGGUCUUUGCUCUGAACACGCGCGUAAAUGAGCUCGAAGACCAGACCAUGGACAUGUCGAUAAACGCCGAAUCAGAAGAGUUGAGAAGACAGAUUGCAGAGCGCGAGAUGGAGAUCGAGAGACUCAUACUAGAUCCGCACUUGGACCAGGAGGAGCUUACUCGCUUGAAAGCAGACAACCAAACGCUCAGAAGACAACUGCAGAAGUGCAACGACGAUAAGAGGGAUCUUAAAGAUGCGAGUGAUGAGCUCAACCGCCUGAACGCACUUAUCGAUGUCCUAUGCAGAGGAAGAUACCGUCCAGACAGCGCAGACCUUCGAGUCGGCGGAGAUGAUGCAGGAGAUGGACCAUGUGAUAGGUGCGGAUCUGUGCCAGGUCUGCCGGAGGACACUGUACAGAGAUACCACAGAAGCGAAAUCGAGCACCAGCGCAAGAGGAUCGAAAGGCUGAACAACCUGGUCAAUGAAACCCGGCGAAGCGAUUCUGCCAGCGCCCACGCACUUGAAGAAAUGGUCCGCGAAGUGAACGAUAUACGGAGAGAGCACCUCCGAAAUUCCGAUAAUGCAAAGGACACAACAGGAAAGCUGCGUACUCAAAUCAAAUUCCUGAUAGCCCAGCUACGACGCAGACCCUCGGAGUCGGACAAUGCGAGACUCUUCCAGAUGGUCAACUCGCUCAAUGCACAGAUCGAUGAGAAGAAUGCACGCUUGAAGGAUUGUGAGGAGACCAAGUGCAAACUUCUGUGCUAUGAGCGCAGGGUCCAUUAUCUUUCGUCUCUACUGGACGAGUCCACACUGGAGACCGCUUCCUUGGAGAUGCCAGAAGACCAGCAGCAAGACAACUACCAUGCUCAACUCCUGGAGGCACGUGCCGAAAUCGAGGAACUGAGGACCGAGAGAGACAGCGUCGAUUUCUACCACGCAGAGCUAGAAAGCCAUCUUGUUAACCUGCAGAAUGUACGAGGAGAGCUCGAGGAGGCACAUGCCACAAUCGAGGUCGGCCAAGCAGUCGAGGCCGAGCUCGUCGUCUGCUUGGCCGCGCUCAGCGAAAAGAAAAAAGAGGUACAGAAGCUGAAAGCUCAGAACACACGCUUACAGAAGCAGAAGGACAACGGCACCCCACGUGGCUCUCUACCCGACGACGAGAACACAGCGGAGAUCGUAAGCCUCGUCGAAGAAGUUGCCAGCCUCAAGGCUCUGCGACACAAGGACAAGGCUACUAACGCCACUAAGGCCAAGAACUUGCGGGAUCAGAUCCGCGAUCUUGAGAAGACCAUCAAGCAAAUCGCAGGGAGAUACAAGGAUCUGUUUGACGAAGAUUUGAUCGCCAUCUUGCGUAAACAGCGCCACAACAAGAACGAUAAUGCGCGCCUCGCCUCUCUUGCCGAUGCAGCCCUGGAACUCCGCGAGUCGUUCAACAACGGUCACCCUCCCGCAGAUAUAGACAGCGGCGAGGCUCAAGAAGACGAUCUCGAUGACGGAAGCUGGUCGAUAGACCGAGCCAGUGAGCUCGAGCAACAAGUCACCGAGCUGGAGGCAGCCAACGAAGAUCUCGUAGCGAGGCUGGCAACAGCCAAAGAAGAUCGCAGCAGCGAGAUUGCAGAGCUGAAGCUCAAGAUUGCAGAGCUCGAGGAUUACGUCAAAGAUCUGAAGGUGAAGAUUCUGGACGAUGUCAUGAAGUAUGCAGACGAUGCGAAGAGGCAGCCUGUCCACUUCUCACCGAUCGGCAACAAGUUUCCUGCCGUCAAGCCAUCGCCCAGGAAGAAGCCCAAGAAGGCGAAGGAUGCCCAUAUAGUAGUCGGAGAUUCGCCUGAGCCGGGUUCCAGCUCAAAUGUAAUGGUAUUAAUCGAAAAAGGGAGAGCCUCACCUAGAAGCAAGGCCACUCGUAAGUCGCUUCCCAUCAUAUGUAGUGGUAAAAACACAGGAAUGACGAAUGAAAUAGCGAAAGCAACAAGAGCCCGCACGCCAGCUCCGAAGGAGCUCACCCAUCGUGUCACCAAGAACAAAAGCCCCAAGGCAACAAGCCCACGACAGGCUUCACCGCGCAAGCUACGUGGCCGACCGAGCCUAGCUUCCAAGACCUCCAAGGCAGGGGGGGCAAAGGACGACGAAGAGGAGAGUGCUGCUGACGACUCUUCUGGAAGCGUGCAGCCGAGGAGGUCGAAGCGUAAGGCUCCGACUGAAAGCAAGGCGUCGCAGAAGAAGAGGAAGACUACGAAAUAA